GCCAUUUUGCAACCAGCGCUCGGACGAUGUCGCACUUCUUCCAGAAGCCCGAGAACGCGCUCAAGCGUGCGAACGAGCUUCUGAACACGCCCAAUGUGGACGCCAACGUGAUGAAGCGGCAGAAGCGGUCGGCGCUGGAGAUCCUCCACGAGGCGCUCAUCGCCAAGAAGAACCGGACGUGGCAGCCGACGCACGAAGAGCUCAUGCUGACGUACCUCACGAUCACGAUCGAUCUGCAGCUUGGCCGGAUCGCGAAGGACGGUCUUCACCAGUACCGCAACCUUGUGCUUGCGCAGAACCCGGCGUCGCUCGAGAAGGUGCUCCUCUUCUUCGUCGCCGAGUCGGAGAAGCGCGCGGCCGAGGCCCGCCAGUACUCGACCGAGAUCAGUCUCAACGCGGCGGUCGACCUCGAGGCGACGCAGUCGCCGGAGGCCGUCAUGCUCUCGACGACGACAGCUGAAGACUCGACCGACCGCACGGACCGCGCAGUCCUCGUGCCGUGGCUGCGCUUCAUGUGGGAAACGUACCGCACCGUGCUCGACAUCCUGCGCUGCAACACCAAGCUCGAGGGCCUCUACAAGCAGGUCGCGCUCAGCGCGUUCGCGUUCUGCCGCACGUACGCGCGCAAGAUUGAGUUCCGCCGCCUCUGCGAGAUCCUCCGCACGCACCUCUACACGCUCCAGCGCCACGAAGCCGCGCCGACGACGCAGAGCAUCCGCCAGAUGCGCGGCUGGGACGGCUGGAGCGCCGACUCGGUCGAGCUCCACCUCGCGAUCCGCUUCGAGCAGCUCGAUACCGCGUCGUCGCUCGAGCUCUGGACCGAAGCCUUCCGCACGGUCGACGACGUCCACCUUGUGUUUGGCUUUCUCGAGAACCUGCCCAAGCCGACGCUCAUGGCGACCUUCUACCACAAGCUCGCCGAGGUCUUUUACAUUAGCAACAACCACGUAUACCACGCGUACGCUUGGUUCAAGUACUACACGCUCAUCCAGCGCGAGCGCUUGACGCCGAUCAUGGAGCUGCCGCUGCUUGCGUCCAAGGUCGUGCUCGCAUCGCUUUCGAUCCCUGUCCAGGCCAACAACGUGGCGCUGCUUGAGAACGCCGACAACGCGGCCGUGCUGCUCGAAGAGAAGGACGAGCACAUGGCGGCGCUUCUUGGCUUUACGCAGCUUGCGCCGCCGACGCGCCAGCAGCUCCUCGACGACAUGGCUGCCUUGCACAUCGUUGACGCUGCGUACCCGAGCGUCCGCGCGUUGUACCAGACGCUUGAGCGGUCGCCGAUCGACCCGCUCGCGGUGGCGGCUGCGGUCGCGCCCCAUGUUGCGUCGCUCAAGGCCGAUGCCGGCCUCGCCAAGUACGCGCCGGCCGUCGAGAAGCUCGCGGUCCACCACGUGCUCUCGCAGCUCACCGAAGUCUACUCGAGCGUGACGGUGUCGCACUUGAACACGCUCACGCAGGGCCUGAGCAUGAACGUGACGGAAAUGGAGCAGUGGAUCGUCCGGUCGCAGUCGAACCGCGACCAGAGCGCGACGCGCCUCCGUAUCGACCACCGCGCCAACGUGGUGCGCUUCUCGCAGACCAUGGCCCUCGAGGGCCAGGCCAAGCAGAUGACGCAGCUCGGCCAGAAGCUCCAGGCGUGCGUGCGCCAGCUCCCGAGCACGACGUCGGCGCGCCCGAGCGUCUUUGCCAACGCCCGGACCAACCUGUCGUCGGCGCGCGAUGCGAUGCUCGAGCGCAAGGUUCGCAUCGAAGCGCAGAAGGAGGCCUUUGAGCGCCUCAUGGCCGAGAAGGCCAAGACCGAAGAGAAGAAGCGCGUCGAAGCCGAGCUCCUGCGCCAAAAGCAGGAAGCCGACCGGCUUGCGGCCGAAGCGCGCCGCCGCGAGGAAGAAGCUGCCCGCCGCAUCCAAGAAGAAAUCGAGCGCAAGGACAUUGAGAAGACGCUCAAGAAGCUCGGCAUGAACACGGACGACGUCGAAUUCGACACGGUCGACAAGGAGAAGCUCCUCGCGGACGCCAAAGAGAAGGCCAUCAAGCAGAAGGAGGAGGCCCAGCGCAAGCUCAAGGACGCCGCGCGCCGCCUCGACUACAUUGUGCGUGCGACGCGCGAGGCCGAGCAGCCGAUCCUGCAGCAGAUCUUUGACGCCAAGCAGACGGAGGAGCGCAACGCGUUCGAAGCAUCGUGGGCCGCGACGCUCAAGGCGGCGGAGGACGAACACACGUUUGGCCUUGCCCAGAAGGCGCUUCUGGCCAAGUGCCAGGACGCGUGCGUGGCGUUCUGCGAUGCCCACGUCGCCCGCCAGGCGCUCAAGUUCCAGGCGAUUGUCGACGAGCGCAAGCUCCGCUUUUCGAUCGACGUGCUGGACGACAAGAUUCGCCGUGCGAAGGACCGCGAGUACGAGUACGAGGAGAAGCUCCGCCUCGAAGCCGAGGAGGAAGAGCGCCGCAUCGCCGAAGAGGAAGAAGCCGCGCGUGAAGCCGAGGCCGCCGCGGCCCGUGAAGUCGAGCGCCUCCGCCUCGAGGAGGAAGAGGAAGCCCGCCGCCAGGAAGAGGCCAAGGCCGCCAACAAGUACGUGCCGCCGACACGCCGCGCGCCCGAGCCCAAGGCCGGCGACGACGAGGGCUGGUCUUCGGUGCGAGGUGGCAACCGCCGCGCGGACGAUGGCUUCAAGCGCGAGCCCUCGGGCCGCGACUUUGGCGCCCGCCGUGAUGACGCGCCGCCGUCGCGCUUUGGCGGCGACCGCGAUGGUCCGUCCCGCUUUGGCAGCGGUCGCUUCAACCGUGACGACGCCCCGGCGCCGUCGCGCUUUGGUGGCGACCGUGAUGCGCCGCCGUCGCGCUUUGGUGACCGUGAGAGCUCGGGCCGCUUUGGCCGUGACCGCGAUGACGCGCCGCCGUCCCGCUUUGGCGGCGACCGUGAUGGCCCGUCGCGCUUCGGCCGUGAUCGUGAUGACGCCCCGCCGUCGCGCUUUGGCCGUGACCGUGAUGACGCCCCGCCGUCGCGCUUUGGCCGUGACCGUGAUGACGCCCCGCCGUCGCGCUUUGGUCGUGACCGUGACGACGCGCCGCCGUCGCGCUUUGGCGACCGUGAAGGCUCGAGCCGCUUUGGCGGUGACCGCGAGAGCUCGGGCCGCUUCGGCGACCGUGAAGGCGCAAGCCGCUUUGGUGGCGACCGUGAAGGUGCGCCGCGCUUCGGUGGUGACCGUGAAGGUGCGCCGCGCUUCGGUGGUGACCGUGAAGGUGCGCCGCGCUUCGGUGGCGACCGCGAGAGCUCGGGCCGCUUUGGUGGCGACCGCGACGGCCCGCCGCGCUUCGGCCGCGCCCGCGAAGGCGAGCCGGACGCCCGCCGUGACUCUGGUGCCCGCGCGCCGGACGCCAAGUGGCGCUAAACACUCGGUAGUGUUGUAACACGACUGACAUCGUUGCCUCCUAUUUAUAUACGACGACUUGUUUAAUCAUGAAAUGUACAGUCUCGUCCCAUGGAUGUACAA